AUGUGCGUCCUCGCGCCCUACCCCCAGCCCGCUCACCCCUACCGCGAUCGCACCGACACAGCGUCCCUCAGUCGCCCGUGUGACGCCGCAGAGCGUCCCCCGAGGCUCUUCCACACCCUCCGCCAGGAGUGCAACUCCGUCCUCAGCCUCGCCGCCGACCCGAGUCAUCUCUUCAGCGGAGGCCCCACCGGAGACAUCUCAGUAUGGGAUAAAGACACCCUCAAGCUCAAGGCAACGCUCAGCGGACACACCGGCAGCAUCCUCGCCCUCGAGUACGCCGCAGACAAAGAAUGGCUCUUUAGUGCAUCUGGCGACAGCACAAUUCGCGUUUGGUCCACGCGCACCCUCACGCCCCUCUACCUCAUCAAUCCGCACGGCGAGACCGACGCCGGCGACCUCUUUUCCCUCGUCUGGUGCCCCGUUCUCCAAACACUCUACUUUGGCUGCCAAGACACCUCCCUCCAAUGGUUCACCUUUCCGUCCGCCCUGCACACACAGGCGACCUCGCCCUCCUCCGUCCAAUUCACGAACGACGACCCGAUACCGAGCGGGCGCUCAACGCCUACCUCCGCUCGACGCGUACACAAGUUCUUCGACAGCUACCCGCAAUACACCCGCCGCCCCGCUGACCUCCUCGCGCGAAACCCCACGUACUCCAACUUCCACGCAUCGCAGGCCGCCCAUGGAGUCUCAUUGCCGCCGACGCCCCCGUCUUCCUCUUCGUCGCUGCCCAGUACGUCCGGGUCUCCGCCGCGGGGCGAUCCCUCGCCCCACCGCCCGCUCGUCAUCCUGCAAGUCGAGCCCUGCAACGUGAUCUACUCCGCGCACUACGGGUACAUCUACUGCAUGGCCCUCGUGCCCAGCGUGCGCGAAGGCUCCGACGACGCGCCCUUGGACAGCGCGAACGAGCGGCGCGACCUGCAGCUCGUCACAGGGAGCGGCGACGAGUCCGUCAAGCUGUGGCAGCUCGCGCCGGCGAACCCGACGCCGAUCCUGCUGCACACGUUCGAGUGCUGCACGGGCGCGGUGCUCGCCGUCGUCGUCCGCGGCGAGACCGUCUACGCGGGCUGCCAGGACGGCCAUCUCAAGGUGUGGGACCUCGAGACGCGCACGCUCGUGCGGGUGCUCAUCACGAGCGAGAAUGUCGACAUCCUCUCGCUCAGCAUGCUCAAGUCCGAUCUCUACGUCUGCCUGGCGAAUGGCGAGAUGCAGCGGUGGUCCGCGCAGUUCGAGCACACCGCGUCGUGGAAGGCGCACACCGGGAUCGUGCUGACGUCGAUCGUCACGCGGCUCGGCGCGCCGGCGGCCGCCGACGACCGCCCCCCUCUGGACGGCACCCCGGACAACGCAAAGUUCGCGCUCGUGACGGGCGCGAACGACGACCAGAUGAAGAUCUGGGAAGUCGAGCCGCCGAAACUCCGCAAGAGCGCACACCUGUCGCUCGUCACCGACGUCGACAUGGAAUGGGGCGACUCUGGGAACGAGACGAUGGUGUACGGGCUCUCAAAGUUCGUGUCCAUCCCGAGCGUGAGCUGCUCCCCGGCGCAUCGCGAGGACUGUCGCCAGGCGGCGAUCUGGUUGCGCAAGUGCUUCACGCAGCUCGGCGCCGAAGCCUGCUUGUUGCCCACGGGCGAGAACACGAACCCGCUCGUGCUGGGCAACUUCCGUGGGAACCAGACGAAGCGCAGGCGGCCACGAAUCCUGUUCUACGGUCACUACGACGUCAUUGCGGCGUCGCACCGCGGGUGGUACUCCGAUCCGUUCACGCUGACAGGCCGGAAUGGCUACCUGUACGGACGCGGCGCGACGGACAACAAGGGCCCGAUUAUGGCCGUCGCGUGCGCCGCCGCUGAGCUCCUCGGGCGGCGUGCGCUCGACCUGGAUUUGGUCAUGCUGAUCGAGGGAGAGGAAGAGGCGGGCAGCGGGGGCUUCGUCGAGGCAGUGAAGCGAAAUAAGAAUGCGAUCGGACCUAUCGAUGCUAUUCUUGUGAGCAACUCCACGUGGAUCGCGGAGGACACGCCGUGCAUCACCUAUGGCUUGCGCGGCGUCGUGCAUUGCAAUGUCCAGAUUUCCAGCGAAGGGCCCGACCGCCAUUCCGGUGUCGACGGCGGUGUGACAGUGGAGCCUAUGUUCGAUAUGCUCAAGCUUCUGGGAACGCUGACAGACGGCCAUAACACAGUGUCGAUCCCUCGCUUCUAUGACAGCGUGCGGCCCUGCUCUGAGCAAGAGACGCAGCUCUACUCUACUCUGGCAAACAUCACGAAGACGCCGGCUGCCUCUUUGGCGUCGCGCUGGCGUGAACCGUCGCUGACCGUGCAUAACGUCGAGGUCUCUGGCCCAAGAAACUCCACUGUCAUCCCUGCUACAGUCAAAGCGCAUGUCUCAGUGCGCAUCGUGCCUGACCAGGACCUCGAGACUAUCGCGAACAGCCUCCGCGAACACCUGGUCACUGCGUUCGAAAAGAUGCAGUCACCGAACAAGCUCAAGGUCAGCAUCGAACAUACAGCGGACUGGUGGCUCGGAGACCUCGAGGGCCCCUGGUUCCACGCUCUCGAGACCGCAGUUCAGUCAGAAUGGGGUGUCGAGCCUUUGCGUAUCCGGGAAGGAGGGUCUAUACCAUCCGUGCCUUACCUGGAGAAGGAGUUUGCGUGCCACGCGCUCCAUCUACCUCUUGGUCAGAGCUCGGACGAGGCGCAUCUGCCGAACGAGCGAAUAUCGCUAUCCAACCUCCGACGGGGGAAGCAAGUCGUCGAGCGAUUCCUGCUCAAUGUCGGCAAGUCCGACUUUCCCCGCUCACCGACUGAUCCGGAGCCCCCAAGUCUCCAAAUAUGA